UCAAAGCUCAUGCGCAGUGAAGGGGUGGGAUGGCGUCCGUCACGAACUCGUCAACUGCCGCCCGAUCCGCUAUCAGAUCCCGCGACUCGCAGAAUUCCUCGUCCCUACAAGAAUGGCCGGCACAGAAAGGUCCCCUUUCCCUCCCCACCAGCCCAAACCCUAACUCUUCCGUCGGAGAUCGUUCCUUUCUUGCUUGUGGUUUCCCCUCCCUUUUCGUCGUGCCAACGAUGGCCGCCGACCCAGCCCCAGCCCCCGCCCCGUUCCCCGUCCCCGUCCCCGUCCCCGACCCCGCCCCCCAGUCCGCUCAAAUCGCUCAGGAUGAGACAGAGCAGAAGAGGCUAAGGUAUCUGGAGUUCGUGCACGCGGCGGCGGUCCAGGUCGUGUUGUGGGCGGCGUGGCUGUACGGGUUCGCCAAGGAGCGCGCCGGCCCGCUGACGCCCGUUGUCCUCGCCUCCGAAGGCGCCGUCAGGGCCCUCGUCGGCCCCGUCUACGACAAGUACCACGCCGUCCCCUUCGAGGUCCUCAAGUUCAUCGACCGAAAGGUGGGGGAGUCGGUGCAGAAGCUGGAGCCGCGGGUACCGUCGGUGGUGGUGGAGGCAUCGCCUGCGGCCCGGUACGCAGCCGGCGAGGUGCGGCGGCCCGGCCUGGUUGGGUCGGCGGUCGGGCUGGCUCGCUCGCUCUACUGCCGGUGCGAGCCGACCGCCAAGGGCCUCUACGCCAAGUACAAGCCGGCGGCGGACGAGGUCGCGGUCUUAGCCUGGCGGUCGCUGAGCCGCCUCCCGCUGGUCACCCGGCUGGUGGUUCCCGCCGGCGCCCACCUAUCGGAGAAGUACAACGAGGCCGUUCGGUGCUCCGCCAAGAAGGGUUACUCCAUCUCCGCCCACCUCCCCCUCGUCCCCACCGAGCGCAUCGUGCAGUUCCUUGCCGGCAAGGCUACCGCCAAAUCGCUCUGAGCCGUGAGAUCCCCCAAAAAAAAAUGAAGGGAAAAAAAAAGAGGUUUGUUUCUACCAGAUGUGCGAUCUGCCCCGUCCAAAAUUUUCGUUUUUUCUGGACCAUCACAGCUUAUCUGGUUUGGCGUAAUAAGGUUCGGUUCGUAUACAUUUUUAGUAGAAAGUUUUAGCACCAAUAAUAAAAAUUAAUUUUUUAAAAAAUUAAAAAUUGUAAAUAAAGAUUUAAAUAUUUCUGUCUUAAUAUAUAUAUCGUUUUGAUGCAUUCA